ACGGGCGACUUAGGCCGCGUUCCCUGUCUCUGGACUUCCGGUGUCAGCCGCUGAUCUUCCGGUGCCCGUCCUCAGCUUCCGCAGGCCGCUAUGGAGGAACCAGAGAUGCAGCUCAAGGGGAAGAAAGUCACAGACAAGUUUACCGAGAGCGUCUACGUCCUGGCCAACGAGCCGUCAGUGGCCCUGUACCGGCUGCAGGAGCACGUACGCCGCUCACUGCCCGAGCUGGCCCAGCACAAGGCCGACAUGCAGCGAUGGGAGGAGCAGAGCCAGGGAGCCAUCUACACCGUGGAGUACGCCUGCAGCGCCGUGAAGAACCUCGUGGACAGCAGCGUCUACUUCCGCAGCGUGGAAGGCCUGCUGAGACAGGCCAUUAGCAUCCGGGACCACAUGAACGCCACCGCCCAGGGCCACAGGUAGCUUUGCCAGGGCCACUGCAGCCUCCUCCUGUGGGGACACCGGCAGCUCAGUCCCUGGUGGCCACUUCUUGCUGGGUAGAAAGCCUCGUCUCACGGUGCGGUGACUUCUGCUGGUCCUUUGAAACUGUAGCACCCAGAUUUGAGCUCUGCUGUGUGCCCAGCUCAGGGGACAGGGCGGUGACCAGCACAAGCAAGGUCACGGGAGCCCCAGGAACUGAGUGAACACAUAACAGACGAGCAUUUCAGACUCAUGGUGGAGGAAGCAGAGGGGUGUGGGCCUCACGAGUUGGCCUCAGUGACAUCCACUUGGAUGUGACCAGGGGAGGAGGGGGCAGCAAGUGCAAAGGCCCUGGGGCUUGGCGACUGGGCACGUUACAGGAACGGGGAGGCAGGCGUGGCUGGAGCAGGUGACCGAGGAGACAUGGGGGUCGGGGAGGCGGCCCAGGCCUCUCCACCUGGUGCCCAGUCACCCUGUGCUGAGAGGUUCUGAGCAGAGGCGUAGAUGGCUUGAGGAUGAAACUACUUGCAGUGCAGCACAGCGGGCGUGGGUUUGGAGGAGGGGCGCU